GCCACGAAACCGACACCUCUCUGCGUGACCGCACGCCCGCCCCGCCCCCGGCCCCCAUACGCCGCCCGAGUGUUAGCUUGGGUGAGGCCUACAGGCAAUCCGGACGACCUCUGCUGAACCUGACGUGCGGAUGUUUCCGCCGCAGCAAGCUCGCGUCGGGGAAAUCCGCGUGCUAGCGGCCUGUAAGACACUAGGCAUCCCUAGCAAGCAGCAAAAAAGUAAGGACACGGCACAGGGCUGCCCAAGCGCAUAAGCGAUGGAACGGGCGUGCGUGGACGUUUUAUCGAAGCCGCCGGCGCGUUGCUGACGCCCAAAGACGGACUGCUGCCCCACGCCAUCGCCGCGAGGCAGCACUGCCUCUAGCUACACAACCAUGGCCGCACGCCAUCGCCGCGGCAGCUCCGCCUCCAGCUGCACACCCAUGCGUCUUAUGAUAUGCCUCGCCGCCUUCACAACGGCCUCCGAAAUGGUCAAGCACAAACCAAAGCCGAUGCGGACCUACACCGCCGACUCCGAGCCGCCAAAGCGAUGUGGUAUUCAGAACGUGCCGCACGACCCCGCGCAAGGAACCCGAGUCGCGCUAGCUCUCUUUGGACUCGUCAGGAAUAACGCCACGGCCUUGAACUUCGAGCGGUUCCUGCUCGCACCACUGUUAGAUGAUACGAAGGAAAAGUACACGAUUGACGUCGUCUUACAUGCGAACGUCGCCAGUAGAAUAACGAACGCGCGAAGCGGCGAGGCGCUCCAGAAAUUACCGGGAUAUGGGGCGUGGAGAAGGUUCGCGCCCUGCCGAUGGACUCUGGAAGAUCAAGACGCCUUGGAUGCCAGACUCCAGAAAUUCAAGCGCCAGGUCAUGAAGGUGACGUCGGACACGUAUCAUGAUGAUGGCCAGUCGAUCAUGAACUUGUUGCGGGCGCUGCAUUCGUUGCGGGAAUCGGGGCGAUUAGUCGAAGCGCGGGAGCACGCCACGGGUUUGAGGUUCGACGUCGUCGCUUCGGUAAGAGUCGACACGAUCUUCACGCGCGAGGUGCCCGCGCCGGUGUUUGCCUUCGCGUCGAAGUCGCCCGUGGCCAAGAUCUUCGUGCCCCACUUUGGGUGUUCCAUCAACGGCGACCUGGUGCUCAACGAUCGCUUCGCGCUCGGCCAGCGCCAGGAGAUGCUUUAUACUUACUUAAACAGGAUCGAGACGCUCAUCACGUACCACGUCAACACGAGCGAGACGCGGCACGUCGGCAUCAGCGGGGAGCGGCAUUUAUUGAACGCGGUGUCGGACAAGCACAUCCCCGUCGCGCGGCUCUUCGAGUUUUGCCUGCGACGCGUCCGCGCGGGCGGGCGCAUCUGGUACAAGCUCUUCGUGUCGCAAGACGGCCACACGUGCCCGCUCGAGGAGACGGACCAGUGCGACCAGGCCUGCAUGCUCGCGCAGCCCCGCUGCGAGGCGGGCCGCGGCUGCCGCCAGCGGGGCCAGCACUACGCCGCGCGCUUCUUCGACGGCUACGACUGGUGCGACAACAAAAAAAGGCCGGACUACGUCUGCCGCUACGACACGGUGCGCCUCGGCUUCUCCGAGGCGGGGAAGAAGAUUAUCAACGUCCCGGGGGCUGCGAACGGCAAGCAGAUGCCGCCGCGCGGGCGCGCGCGCGGCUGGCGCGCGGCCGCCGCGGCGAAGAGUAAGGGGGAGAUGUAGUAGUUCUUAGGCCGACGGAGGGUGAGAAGUUCGAAUUCGUGCGGUUUUUUU